GAUGUUGCAGUGCGGGAGCAGCCGGCAGUGUCUUCCUCCUGACACAAACAUAAGUUCUUACCACCGAUUGUGAGGCCGCCUCGAACGUCCGUAAUAUCUGGCGGUAGAUCGCGACCUGGACGCUCGAGAGCCAAGACCAUGCUGGGAGAAGAUACAUAGUGUAUACCUGCAGUAGUACGCGGCGGUGUAUGGUGUGUGAGUGAUGGAGGCCGCGGCGGGGCAGAUGGACUGAAGCCAGAGCCACACACCUUCGGAGUCUGGUCCUGGAGCCAUCGAUAUUUGGUCUCAUAUAUGAGUAACACACAAUGUUAAGAUGACCGUCGACAGUGGUGGUGGAGGUAUGGGUGGCGGCUGCGACACCGUCGUGGACACCGAGGCUCACGAGAAGGAGAUGCAUGCACGCCUCAUAAACUACCACACAUCCUUCAGCUCGCAAGACAGCAACCAUGCGAGCGCCUCCAUUACAGGAUGGUUCAAGCAGUCUCAAGAACCUAGUACAGUACCUGAAGAUUUAGCUGUGGAUGACCCAGACAGUCUUACAACACUAUGGCCAGAUGACCCUGACUCUGGUCACCCUUUUACAAGGGCCGCGCUCCAAGGGGAUGUCAACACCAUCAAAGAAUAUGUGGCUCGUCAGACCUUUGAUCCAACUUCUAAGAAAUCCCAGCAUGCUUUGUUGGUUGCUUGCCGCACUGGAAAUGUGGAACUCACACAGGUGCUGCUUCAAGCAGGCGUUGAUGUUCACUGCAAGGAUGCCAAGUCUGGGUGGCAGCCUAUACAUAUUGCCACAUACCGUGAUCAUGUCGCUGUGGUGGAAGCCCUGGCUAUGCAUGGCGAGUGGCGGAGAGGUGUGGCUCUGGUCAGAUUUCGUGGCAUUACCUGUAAUCUCCUGCACCUAGCGGCUAACUUUGGAUGUCUGGCAGUCCUCCGCUACCUCCUCUCCCACACCGUUCGCCUAGGGCUCCAGAUAGAAGUUCGGGAUGCUGCACAUUGGACCGCUCUCCACCAUGCUGCUUUUGAGGGUCGUCUUCAAGCUGUCACUCUCCUCCUGCAGGCUGGUGCUGAUGUCAAUACUGCUGAUCCUCAUGGAGUAACAGCACUGCAUGUGGCUGCAUAUCGUGAUCACAUGACAAUAGUUCGCUUUCUGAUGACAAGAGGAGCCAAUCCAAAGAUGAUCGUCAAGUCCCCAACUUCUGGACUGUGCCGUACUGAACGAGGCUUGGAAAGGGUCGAACCUAUAAUUAAGUUUCAUGCUGGUUCCACACUUCUUCACUGGGCAGCAGCUAAGGGUUAUGAUGACCUGGUCGCUGAUCUUCUGGCUCGAGGGCUCACAGUUGACGCUGGAGAUCGUCUUGGUCGCACUCCCUUGGGGUUGGCUAUGUGGUCAGGACACACAAGUAUUGUCAACACAUUACUACAAGAGAAGGUCGUCUUAUCUGAGGAUGAUAAGGACUGGCGCUCCAUAGUACGAGAAGAAGUGGGGUUGAGUAUUGUAAGAGUAAUAGAGGAGACUGCCGUUUGUGGAUUGGAUACCUGCCGCUCCGAUGGUUUUACCCUUCUCCAUUUGGCUGCCCAGCAUGGUUAUCCCAAUAUGAUGCACAGACUACUCUCCCUUAAAUUGUCGCCAGAUAUGAAGAACAACCAUGGUGAAACACCGCUCUUUGUAGCCAUCCGCAGUAACCAGCUGGCAUGUGUGCAGCAGCUGAUCAAUGCUGGCACACGUCUGAGCCUGGUGGACAAUCGUGGUGGCACUGCUCUACACAUGGCUGCCAAAAAUGGGAAUGUCACCGUUAUUGACAUGCUCUUGACCACCUCUGAGUUGGAAGAACGAGAUGUCGACAUAAAUCGAUGUGACAACAUAGGCUAUACGCCAAUAUAUUAUGCUAUCAAUGCCAGCAGGUAUGACAUUGUGCAGAGAUUUUUGGAAUACAGCUUGGUGCGUAAAGUUCAUGUCAAGGCAACCAAUGGUGAAACACUGCUGCAGUUUUAUACAGAAAGAAAUAACCUAGGACAGUAUGACAAUGCUGUAGUAAGAGUGCUCGAGUGUGAAAAGCUCUUGCAUACAAACAAGCCCAGCGCAGAAAUGUGCCUCCGUGUGCAGCUGGGCACUACCGAGGCCAGCUCUAAGGCACGUUCACAACUACAAGCCAUGUAUGAAUCCACGAGAGCUCAACGCCACUGCUGGAACUUUUGGUUCUUUCUCUCAUGUUUUCUUCUGCCCUCUGUUUUUUACUAUCUGGAUGUGUACACGGAUAUUCUCCUGGCAGUAGAAUAUUACCAGGAUUACAUGCGCAACAUGAACCUCACAGAUUACUCUGGGGAAAACCAUACCCAAAAUGCAGAAGAAAUCGCCGCAUCAGAAGAGGAAUAUCGUCGAAAGUUUAUGGACAUCUUCGAUGACAUCACAGACUCCCAGUACAAGAUUAACUUUGUGUUGACCAUGUUCUUCAUCCUGCUCCCCAUCACUCUGCUGUCCAUGUGGAACCUCUAUAUCCACGUCACGCAGCCAGACAUCCUCCCAGUGUUCCGUCGCUUACCCAGUUUCCUUCGUGUGUCUGUGUAUACCUUCAUCUUCCUUACGCCCCUCGCACCCGUCAUGGCAUACCUGGAAAAUACCUACGCUCAGAUGAAACACAUGAAUGUGACUGCCAGACAGAUGCAAGAGAUCCUGGUAGCACGCUACUGCUUCAGUUUUUUGCUCUUGCCUCUAUUAUGUAAAAGAUUCUUACAGGUUGUGUCAAGAGCAAUAGCGUGUACACUCUUCACCCUUGCGUACACAUGGAAAGUGUUCGUGGUGCUUGGCAUCCACUUCAUUAUUGUGCUCGUUUUCAAAUUGAAGCUUGAGGAAAGCAGCAGCAGCACUCACGGCACCAGGAGCAAGCUGGGUCUGGAUGCGGACCUAAACACCAAGGACGUGAUCGACGACGCAUCGGUGGACAAGAGCGUGGAGUCUGUGUUGCCUGUACGUAAUUACAUAUGCUGUCACUGCUUCCUGGCAUACCUGCGACCCUAUUUUUAUGUCUUCCUGGGCACCAUCGCAUCAACUCUGGUGUAUUUCCGUCUGGAGCGACCGUCCGCCGUCAAGAAGCAGCUUUCUCGUCGACAUUCCACUGUUGUUAUCCAGGUGCUGUUUCUGAUACUGGCAUUCAUAGAGAACCUUGUGCUGCUGUCCCUGGGCAUCGUGGGCUUGGACAAGGUCAAAUACGACAACACUUUCAUCAUUAUCUCGGCUGUCUUGUGUGCCAUAAGUUACCUCACUGGAGUCAUACUUCAUGCAGUGUAUUACAGUUGUUUCGGCCACCCGUGGGUGGAUAUCAAUGGACCAACUGUUUCCCGAGAUCCAGAUGAGGGGACACUGGUCUUUGCCUAUUAUCGUCAGGGGCAGGUGUCCAAAUGGGCCAUCCACUCAUGCUGCACUGUCGUUCAUCAUAAUGAGCUCCCCACUGACAACAUCUACCGCCAGGACUUACAGAUCAAUGGGAAAGAACGACAAGUUAAGGAUUUGUAAAAAGUAGAUGGGAACAGAUCUUGGGUUAAGAAAGUGUGUGUUAUAAUUUGUUUCUCUGUGAAUUUUGUGAUAAAUCCCAUUGUUUGUAUCUGAAUAUGUGCUAUAUAAUUUAUUUUAAUUAUAGUUAAUUUUUAGUGAAAAUAGAGAAUACAAAGGAACAAUGAAAUAUGUGACAAUCUGAUGUUUCUGUUCGCACAAUGGCUCAGGUGGCAUGCCACCUAUGAUAACAGAGACAGACUUAGUUCCAGUUGUGUUUGUGUGACGAUGGUUACUUUGUUUAGUGAGAACAGCUAAAGGCUUUAUUGAAGUCUAGUCACAAGCUCUGUGUGUGUGUGUAUGAAUUUGCAGUAUUUUGUAAAUAUACUUUUAUCACUAAUUUUGGCCGAAUGUAUAUAUGUAUGCAAUUGAGAAAGCUAAUAUAUUUGACACUGUACAUAUAAGGUUGCCUUAGAGGUGAUUAGCAGUGUAGUUACUACGCCAGGGAGAAAGCUAGGCUACUUUUCUAAAGCCAUCCCAUCAAACAUACAACUGAACUACAACUUUAUUUUUACUAAUGAUACUUUGAUGCAGCAUUGUAACAAUGUAAUAUUGUUAAAAAAAUCCAUUGUAGUUACAUUGUGUGAGUGUGUAUAUGAUGGGCUUCUUCCUCUGUCUAAUCUUUUAUGUUCAGUUGCCCAUAUAUCAUGACUGGUAUUCCUGGCUUACUCAUGUACCUUAAGUCAUGAGAGCUUCUUGGAGUUGAAGCUCAUUUGCAAGGAUGCUUGCUUAACAUCUUCCUUAUUUAUUGAGAUUGUUAUUCUACAUCAAUAUGUGGAAAGGGGACAGCAACUUUGCAAAAUAAUAGUAAUAUAUUACUUAUUAAAAGUAUAUUAUUGGGUGUAAAAAAUUGUGAAUUGAGUAACCAGGGACAAGAUUCAUCAAGCAUGAACAAAUCUACAAGGGUCGUGAUGAGGGUUCGAAACUACAUCCGGGAUGAUCCCAGAUGCGCCUUAAUUGACUGCGCCAUGAUAUGGUCAAAAGAAUUGCAUCCUGGAUUGCUACUUGCCUUCACAAGGAUCCCACAGCUUCUCCGAAGCACAAACCGGGGUUUCACACAAUUCCUCCGUGCACCCAGGCUCUAUCGGUAAGAUGUUCUACCUCUUCACCCGUACACUAUUGUGAUUUCUGUGUGUAUUGAAGUAAGGGCGAAGAGGUAGAACAUCUUGUUGGCAGAGCCCAGGUACAUAGGGAAAUUGUGUGAAAACCCCGGUUUGUGCUUCAGAGAAGGUGCGGGAUCCUCGUGAGGGCAAGUAGCACUCCAGGUUGCAAUUCUUUUGACCAUAUCGUGGCACAGCCGAUUUAGGCGCGUCUGGGAUCAUCCCCCACAUAGGUUCGAACCAUCAUCACGGCCCUUGUGGAUUUGUUCAUUUGAUAUAUCACGUUAUUGUGAUUUCUGUGUGUAUUCAUCAAGCAUAUGUGCAUCCACUUAUAAACCCUGUACAUUUUCCUCAAUCAUGUUGGUAUUGUUUACAUUUAUUAAACAGAUUGAGAGCCUCAAAACAUCACAAUCCAAGGUGGUGGUCAUUAUAUAAACAACCUCGUAGUGCUUCAGAGCUCAUGAACUGUUUAAUAAAUAUAAACAAAGCUGCCAUGCUUGAGGAAUAUAUAGGUUUGGCAAGUGGUUGUGUAAAUACUUGAUGGAUGUUGGCCCUACUGCUUAAAUCAAUACUGUGUUUGUCAUUUGUGGAGUUUGUGUUUAUUUAUAUUUUCUUCAUUUUUGUAUACAGUACUUCAUCACUAAUUAUAUAUAUUGAGAGUGAGAUUAUUUCUUCAUCUGUGUGUGAAGUUUUCAGCCCUGCAUUAGUGAUAUUCUUGAAAAUGGCAUCAUUUGCAGGAUGAAUGCAGUUGUAACCUUAGGUCACAAACUAUCAGUGUUCAGGAAAGAGGUCACAUAUUAAUUAUAGCAUCAAGAACAAUACAAUGCCAUAACACUUUUUUUUCUACUCAUUCAAUUUUACUAGAAAUGGCAGUUCCAAAUAUCUAUAAUUUAAAAUUAUUAAGAGGUGCUGCACCGCAGGAUUGUUGCAGCUACAUGAAGCGCACACAGUGUUUGCAGCGGCAUGUUGCAAAACUUUGUAAUUACUGCUGCAUAUUACAAAUGUCAUGUGUAUAGAAGCUAUUGUAAACGUGCUUGCAGCCGUGUUGUAAGCAUCAUGUUUGCAGCUGUGAGUUGCAAGUGUCAUGUUUGCAGCUGUGAGUUGCAAGUGUCAUGUUUGCAGCUGUGAGUUGCAAGUGUCAUGUUUGCAGCUGUGAGUUGCAAGUGUCAUGUUUGCAGCCGUGAGUUGCAAGUGUCAUGUUUGCAGCCGUGAGUUGCAAGUGUCAUGUUUGCAGCCGUGAGUUGCAAGUGUCAUGUUUGCAGCCGUGAGUUGCAAGUGUCAUGUUUGCAGCUGUGAGUUGCAAGUGUCAUGUUUGCAGCUGUGAGUUGCAAGUGUCAUGUUUACACCAUUGUGGUAUCUGCAACAUGACUAUGACAUGGUUGCUGUGAUGCUGUCAUCUCUCACCCUUGUUCCUCCUCCAUCAUCAUCACUUACACAAGUCAUUCACUACAUACUGUAGCCAUUUUUGCAAUUGAUACUAUUACCGAAUUACUUGUGUCAAACCCUAAAUGAAUUUGAAUAAGAUUAAGGAGAUAACAGUUAGUAAAUUAAACAAUAGCCACUUGAGUUUUGAAGCCAAUACAAAUGCAUCUGAGCUUGGCCGAGGCCUGGUUUAUUGAACGUAUUAUACAGAGGAACUUUCUUGUUUUAAGAAGAAGUCUUAAUUUACUCAAAAUUUAGAUGAGCCAGCGGGUCUGACCAGUAGUUAGUUUCUUAAAUUAAAAUUGAGUGUCAUAUAAUCAUCACCACACUCCUUAUAACAAUUUACCUUCACUGUUGUGUUGUCUGAAACAACUACAACAAUUACCUUUACCAUUGUGUUGUCUGAAACCACCACAACAAUUACCUUUACCAUUGUGUUGUCUGAAACCACCACAACAAUUACCUUUACCAUUGUGUUGUCUGAAACCACCACAACAAUUACCUUUACCGUUGUGUUGUCACAAAUCACCACCACUACUGCCACCACCUACCACUACACCACCACUCAUAUAUACAACCACCACUCAUCUUAAGUCAUGAUGUACAAUUGUUCCUCAGUUAUGAAACUUACUGAUUGCCUUCAUCUUUGAGGUAACAUAAUAGAAUUUCUGUACAUAAUUAAUUUUGUAUUAAUUGUACUUGACAUAUAAUUGACUAUCUGAUGUACUUGUUAGGUCUGAAAAUGGUUGGGUUUUAUUACGCAUAGGUGAAAAAAUCAAAAUUUUGGAGAUUUAAACUCAUUAUGAUGUGUGUGUGUGUAAUUGCCUUUUUUACUUGAGUAGUUUGGCAUAUCUUUUAUUGUUUUUUAUACUGUGAUGUAUUGCAUGUAAGAAAAUGUCUUUGAGUUAUUUAGGUAACAAUAACAGUAUAUAUGGGUAGAAUGGAUUAUUAUAAAUACUGUACAUCUCUAUGUAAUAAAUAAGCUCUCCACACCAUUUAAAUUAAGAGAACUUUGUACUGGAUGUAAUCUAACCCUGUGUGAUGAAUGAACCGGACCUUGUCCAACCCUGUGUGAUGAAUGAACCGGACUCUUUCCAACCCCGUGUGAUGAAUGAACUGGACUCUUUCCAACCCUGUGUGAUGAAUGAACUGGACUCUUUCCAACCCUGUGUGAUGAAUGAACUGGACUCUUUCCAACCCCGUGUGAUGAAUGAACUGGACUCUUUCCAACCCCGUGUGAUGAAUGAACUGGACUCUUUCCAACCCUGUGUGAUGAAUGAACUGGACUCUUUCCAACCCUGUGUGAUGAAUGAACUGGACUCUUUCCAACCCUGUGUGAUGAAUGAACUGAACCCUGUCCAACCCUGUGUGAUGAAUGAACCGGACCUUGUCCAACUGUGUGAUGAAUGAACUGGACUCUUUCCAACCCUGUGUGAUGAAUGAACUGGACCCUGUCCAACCCUGUGUGAUGAAUGAACUGGACCUUUUCCAACCCUGUGUGAUGAAUGAACUGGACCUUUUCCAACCCUGUGUGAUGAAUGAACUGGACUCUUUCCAACCCUGUGUGAUGAAUGAACUGGACCCUGUCCAACCUUGUGUAGUGAGUGAUAUGUUAGAACUAGAUUUGUGUAACCAAAUAUCUUUGAAGGAUGUUCUUCAAAUCAUUUUUUUUUAUUUUCAAGAAGCCACUAAAGAAAUAAGUCUUAAAUGAAAAAAUUAUAGAAAAGGUUAUAUAGAUUUUUAAAUUGUGGAAAUUACAGAAAUUGAUUAUGAUUGAAAUCAAUAUAUAGUGGUUGUGCAUGGGUUAUCAAAUGAAGACUGGAAUGGGCAAAAAAGCAUAUUGUACCGGUAUUCUCGUCAGCAAUCCAAUGCAUAUGACAUUGUCGUGUGUCCUUUGCUCUCGUAAUAGUAUCUUGAAUGAUAUUUUGAAUUUCGUGACUUCUGCACAAAAGACUAUACUAAAUAUUCCUCAAACCUUGGUGUAUUUUUUAUAAUUUCUUCUUUCUGGCACUCUAAAUUUUGUCAUGAAGUAGAUCAUUAUCAACCACACUUGCCAAAGGGAAUUGAAUAUUACAGUAAAAACAUUUUGUCAUCUCCGAGUCCUUCAUAAGACCAUAAUUUGGUUUAGGGUGAUGAGUUCCAGGGGUUUACACACAAAUGGUUCUUAGGCAGACAGCUAAUGGUAAAGGUAGUUUGUGUUGCAAUCUUUUUCCCAUGUAUGCUCAAGCCAUGCACCAAAUAUUUUGUUCUCAGGGAGCGCCUUGUGGCUCCCUGAAGCUACUAUCACUGAUUGUGUGCCAAGAACUAGGUUGCAUCAGCCUACCAGAGAUCAGAGCUCGAAGCUGACUUUUCCCCCUCAGCGACACAAGGAGCAGUGACUUUUAUUUAUAGUUUUAUACCACACCGGGGAAGGUACCCAGAAAGUCACCGAAACAAAAGACUACUGCUGGCUUCAAUAGAGACCACAGGCUCAAGAACUACAGAAAGAACUCUCCCAACAAUAUUUUCAAAUUAUCUAAAUGUCUUGAAGACUUAGCCUGUUCGCUAAAUGUCGCUGGCUGUUUGCCAGCCUGUUCGCUCCACCUCCCAGACUCGUUUUGGGGAAGGGGGGAUGGGACGAUCUCACGGUCACCCAGCUCUCACAUUCAGUUCUGUGCUGACUGUUGUAGUGUGCCUGUUCACCUCUCUCCUGCUUGGACUCAUGUUUUGUUGUUGCAGCUAUGUGAUGUUUUGCCUUUGUGGGUGUUCCUUAGUGCUGCCCUUGCACUUCUGAACAUCCCCAGGGUUCUCUUUCCCCGAGGUGUUCAGGAGUCCUCUUAGUCUUCAGUUAGGGGUCUUCCUUGCUUGUGGUGGCCCCUCACCCAGGGUGGGUUAGGCUCUUCAGAUUUUCCUGCCUUUAGUUUGGUUGUGAGUGCCAUUGCCACUUCUUUUCCUUAUUCUCAUAUCAGAUAUACAGUAAAAUAACAACAUACUGGAGUGAACGAUAUGGAAGGAAAUACAGAAUAGAACCAGUGAAGGGCAGGGAUGCCAUAGGCACAAUCAAAGAACACUUUAUAAACAUUAGAAGUCCAUGUUUGUUCAACAUACUCCCAGCAAGCAUAAGAAAUAUUGCAGGAACAAAUAUAGACGUCAUCAAGAUAGUUUUCUUCAAGAAGUGCCCCGACUCGGAAACCCUCUGAUGUAUGGGAGCCGGGAGCAGGAUGUAACACAGCAGGGUAAUGACAAUGUUCAAUCACGGGGGCCUAGAGGAGGGCCACCAAAAAUACAAGUGGACCUAUAGCAACGCAAGUCAAACCCCCGCCAGGCAAACAAAAAAAAAAAAAAAACCGGCCGCUAUGCAUAUAUCAGACAGCCGCACAGUACUUUGCCCCCCCAGUCAGUGACGAUACUUCCUCCUAUCCAAGGUUAAACAAAGGCAGGAACAAUCCCAAGGGCAGGCAAUCACUGAGCAGCAAAAGAACCCUGCAGAGGUCAUUCCAAGCGGCUUACAGAAAAUAACCCUAAACCACAAGAGCAGUACUUAAGGGCACCUAAGGAAGGAGACCCUAGAUACAUGCAGCCCCAGUACUUCUGGAAUUACUUCUGGCUCGCACACGACCACAAGGUAUAGCGCUGCUCAAGGAUUUUGAGCCAAAGUCGAUCAACCGCCACCCAACACCACCGCCUCAGAACUGGGGUUGGGUAGUUGGCGCAGGUCUGAGACUUCUUCCCUCUCUUGGGGAGGGGGCAGUUGCGCAGACAGCGGCGCGGCGGCUGUAGUGACGUCAUGCUUGUUUGCUUGGUUUCUGAUUGAGGAGUUCUGCCUGCUCGUUUGACUUUCGGUUAGCAAUUUUUCACCAGCUGUAGUUUUUGGGAUUCCUACCUUUCUGGGUGCCUGAUCUGGUAGAUGGCAGAUAUAGACUGCUUCCAACUAUACAGGGGUGUCUGUAGGCCUCCUUGUGCCUCUCUGAGGGGGCAAGGUUCUAGCAUUGGUGCCCAGUAGGCUUAGAACUCCAUCGAAUGACUGUUGCCAUGGUCUAAUAUAUACACAUCAGCCCGGUAUAGCUCCAGGUCUCGUGCAGAAAAUAGCGUUUCAUUACAUUCAAUUACCAUUAUCAGACCAUUAUCAAGUUGUGUGAUAGAAGAGAGUAAGGUACGGCCAAAUAAAUAAGGAGAGAGAGUGAGGCGAGAUGCAGGCAAGAGAAGAAGGUAAGAAAAAGGUGAAAGAUAAGAAUAGGAUGAAGGAAGAAUAAGAGGAAGGUAAGAAAAAAAAAGGGAAAUUCUUAUGUCAGGUCACAUUUGUUAAGAAGGUUGAAGCAUUUGAGUAUGUACUGU